GUGGUCUUCUUAUCAUAGAUACGAUAGUCGAUACUCCCGAGACAUACGACUACCAGCCGAUCGCAAUGGCAAACGAAGACUCAGGGCCUUCACGCUCGCAUACCCACCGUGGACGCAGCCGGAGUCCUGGUAACGAAAGGAGAAGUCGGCCACGAGACAGACGGAGCCCAAGCGGAGGUGAACGUGAUGGAGUCCGGUGGAGCCGCAGCCGAGAUCGAAGACCGAGCGAAAGGCAUGCUGACAGGGAUCGCAGAAGGAGCUCUCGUGAUCGGGACACUGUCUACAGUGACAAACGCGAUCAACGUGAUCGAUACACCGGAAGGCACGGCUCGCCCUCCCGAUCUCCACCUAGACGUCGACAUCGAUCUACAAGCUCCUCCUCCUCAUCAUCAUCAUCAUCAUCCGCUUCUUCAGGAAAAGAACGAUCUAGGGAGAAGAAACAUUCCAAGAAGUCAAAAAGCAAACGGGAUUCAUCGAUAUCGAGUGAGGAUCAGCACGAGUCCCGCAAACAUUCUAGCAAGUCUAAGAGCAAGCGAUCUCAUAAGAGCCGGCACAGGAGUCCAGGUGAAGACAGCUCAGAUGAACAUGCUCGUAAGAAACAGGCCCGUGCCGAAAAGAAAGAACGCAAGAGGAAAAAACGAGAGAAAAAAGAAAAGGAGAAGAAAAAAGAAAAGAAGGGACAGUCUUCAAAGCACAAAUCCGCUAUCAGUGAGUAUGGCAAGUAUGGAAUCAUCACUGAGGCUGAUAUGUUUACCAAGGAUCAAGAGUUCAGGGCUUGGCUGGUAGAAGAAAAGACGCUGAAUCCUGAAACGGUUUCACAGAUUAAAAUGAAGGAACUCUUCAAAGUAUACAUGGAGGACUUUAAUACUGCUACAUUACCACAUGAAAAGUUCUAUGCACUGGAAAAGUAUGAAGCAAGGAUGAAUGCGAUUCGUUCUGGGAAUGUGACUACCCAGAGUGAUACCUAUGAUCCUCGCGCUGAUGAAGCCGCUCUGGCUGCCCAACACAAGCGGGUAGCUAAGACGGACGGAGAAGUGUAUAUUGGUCGGGCUCAGCUUGAGCAGCUUAGGCGAAUUGAACGGGAGAGAGUCGAGGCUUCCCGAAUGAAGAGGAUGGGGAUGGAGGUUAAAGAGAGUAUGGGUGUACGAUAUGAAGCCGAUUGA